CGAGGUCGCUUUUGACUUGGUUUACUCCAUCACUUGUAGCCGAGCGCGAGUUACCAGCUCCUCAGACCCCUCGGCACUGAGCAACAGGCGAGACCGCGCGCCACAUCCUCCCUCGCUACCGACGCAACAGGCACUCUCCUGCCCGAUCCCAACCCACACAAUGGUGUUCCGCCUUCAGCCCUGGUGUUCUCUCCUUCUGGUGGGCGUCGUGGUGGUGCUCGGCGUUUGUGCAGGCGUGGGAGAGACCAUCCCUCCUCCCAUCUGCUUCAACCAAAAGUUAGUUCUCACGCCCUACGCCCGGAGACUCUGCGCUGCACUCAAUGACAUCUCCAAAUUUUCACGAGCAAUGGAGGACUACCUGGAUGCCCAAGCCAUCAAGAACAGCAUGGGGGUGAACGAGCCGGAGGUCAAACGACAGGACCUUGACCACGUAUUCCUUCGCUUCGGCCGCGCCCAGCAGUAGUCAGCGAGGUGAAGCAGCAGCAACAAAAAACCAAACCCUUUGUCGUCAAGAAUGAAGAAUAAUUGUUAUUCUUAAUAUAUCUCUCCUUCCCCCCCCAUCCUCUGAGCUUGUCACUGGUCCAGGUGCUCCUGUCUCCCGCCUACACGUGAGGUGUUUGUAUGUACUCUCACUCGCCCGUCAACACCUCGACAUGCGCUUCACACCCGCGUGGGCCAACCUGGCGUCAUGGAUUUCGAAAAUAAAAAUACAUAAAAGACUAUUUUUCCCAUUGAGGUGUUAUGAUGGUACUCUGAUUUUCAGUGUUGUAAAAAUUGUAUUUUGGUUUUGAAAGCCAUUACAAUAAAAAUUGAAUGACACUUUA